AGCGCCCCAGAGCCCGGACGGCGCCGAGCGCGGCAGCGCCGCUACCCACGGCCGCGCCAGGAGACCAGAAUCCAGACUGUCUGCCCAGAUCAAUCCACAACUGAAACUUCUCCUUCCAUUGUAAAGUAGGAGACUCUACUGCUUGGAAGUGCCACUGUACGUGGGGACUCUGCAGGAGGAGAAGGGGCCGAGGGCAGGAUACGGGACAACGCAUAAAUAUGGCUGAUAUUUCAGAGCCAGAAGGUACUAUUAACUGGAAGGAAAGAUGUUUAACUCUGGAGACACAGUUAAUGAAGUUUCGUAUUCAGGCAAGCAAGAUCAGAGAGUUGUUAGCAGAAAAGAUGCAGCAGCUUGAGAGACAAGUUAUAGAUGCUGAUCGUCAAGCACAGAGGGCUUUUCAGCAGGUGCAAGUUAUGGAAGAAAAAUUAAAAGCUGCUAACAUUCAAACAAGUGAAUCAGAAACCAGGUUGUAUAAGAGAUGUCAAGAUCUGGAGAUGCUGAUACAAGAAAAAAAUGAUACAAUACAAAAAUUGGAGCAACAACUGGAAGAACAGAAGCAAGUAAGACUACAAGAAGCUAAAAUUAUAGAAGAAAAAGCAGCUAAAAUAAAAGAGUGGGUGACAGUCAAGCUCCAUGAGUUAGAAGUGGAAAAUCAGAACCUUCGCUUGAUGAACCAAAAGCAAACAAAAGAGAUGAAAACAGUACAAUCUAAACUGCAAGAAGCUACGACCAAGAAAUCAGUUACUUCAACACAAAAACCUGGAGAAGGUCAGCGACUAAGCGGUUUGACUUUUGGAUGCUUUUCAAACCGAGCAAAAAGUCCUCAACCAUCUCCUAAAUUUCAAGAAAUAAGCAAGUCAUCAUCUAAAGAGUCAGACUACACUGAAAGCAAAGACAUAAUAGAGAAGGAUAUCCUGGAAACUACCUUUGCUAGUCCUGCACAUGACAGCAAUAAAGGUCAGAAGAUAUUGCCACAAAGUUCUUCUGGAUCAGAGCAGAAUAAAAAUGUGAGAGUGAGCUAUUUAUCAAAAGAUGUAGACAGUGACAUGUCAAAGAAUUCCUGCACUACUGGCAGUGACUGGAGCUCAGAUGAGGAUGGAGGAGACAAUAAAGGAUUAAAAUCUAGAUGUGUGUCGACUCUCUCAAGUCACACAUCUGAAGAGAACACAAGGUACAGCAGACUGGAGAACGAAAUGUAUUUGACAGCAUCUGAUGACAGUAGUUCUCUAUUUGAAGAAGAAGGCUUUGGUGUCCAAAGGACUCAGCACAAAAAGCUGUACUCCUGGCAGCAAGGAUCCCAGAGAAAAGGUCAGAACAAUCCAACUGGAAAGUGCAACUCGGACCUAAGUAAAAAGAAGGACCAAGAUAGCUCUUCAGAUGAACUGAAUAAGAAAUUUCAGUCUCAGAGACUAGAUUAUUCAUCUUCAUCCAGUGAGGCAAAUACCCCAAGUCCAAUUUUAACCCCUGCUCUAACACCUAAACACCCAAUCCUAGCAACUUCUGCAGGUUCUCAAUACAUAACACUGUCAGAUUCUCCCUCAAAUUUGCCACCUCCAAAGUUACGGACUCCCAAUGUGCUUAGUUUAAAUUUAGCAUUGGCAAAAAAGCAUUUAAGCCAGCCCCAGCUGAGUUCUGACAGGAUGUUUGGUAGAAAUAGAAAUGCUAUAAGCAUGAUACGUCCAUGGAGACCUCAGGAAACAGACAUUGAUCUGGUGGAUGGAGAAGAUACAGAUAUUUUGGAGAAAAUGGAGAUUGGCUCUGAUGAAGGAGUGUUCACCUAUGAUUGCACGGAAAUGCAGAAUGUUGAAGCCCAGGAACCUUGUGAUAUGACAAAAAAAGGUGCUAGCAACAAACCUCCAACCCCUCCAUUGCAUCGAUUUCCCUCCUGGGAAAGCAGAAUUUAUGCUGUAGCCAAAUCUGGCUUACGGGUGUCUGAAGCUUUCACCAUGGACUCUCUUAGCAAAAGUGCGAUUUCACAAACUUCAUAUUCCAUACCUGGAUUAUAUACAUCUUUGAUAUAUAAGAACAUGACCACUCCUGUCUACAGCACUUUGAAAGGGAAGGCAACUCAAAUAAGCAAUAGCCCAUUCAUAGACGAAUCUUCAGGAUCUGAGGAAGAAGACAGCUCUCGGUCCAGCUCGAGGACUUCUGAGUCCGAUUCCCGAAGCAGAAGCGGCCCAGGUAGUCCUCGGGCUAUGAAACGAGGUGUGUCUCUGUCUUCUGUGACCUCAGAAAGUGACUAUGCUAUUCCUCCAGAUGCAUAUUCAAUAGAUACAGACUAUUCAGAGCCAGAGCAGAAACUUCCUAAAACCUCUUCCUCAUCUAGUGAUAAUGGAAAAAAUGAACCUUUGGAAAAAUCUGGAUAUCUAUUAAAAAUGGGUGGUAAAGUAAAGACCUGGAAACGACGGUGGUUUGUGCUUAAAGGAGGAGAAUUACUAUACUACAAAUCUCCAAGUGAUGUAAUUCGAAAACCUCAAGGCCAAAUUGAGCUAAAUGCAUCUAGCCACAUUGAGAGGGGUGAUGGAAAACAAACAAUUCAGUUGACCACAGAAAAACGAACAUACUACCUGACUGCAGAUUCUCCAAAUAUCUUAGAAGAAUGGAUCCAAGUACUACAGAAUGUUCUUAAAAUACAGGCUGCUAGUCCCCUUUUCAUACAGCCUGAAAUCAAGCCAACGAUGAAAGGAUUACUUACAAAGGUGAAACAUGGAUACUCCAAAAGAGUUUGGUGUGCCCUAGUUGGAAAAAUUCUGUAUUAUUUCCGUAAUCAAGAAGACAAGUUUCCUCUUGGUCAAAUCAAGCUUUGGGAGGCUAAGGUUGAAGAAGUUGAUAGAUCAUGUGAUUCCGAUGAAGAUUAUGAGGCUAGUGGCCGCAGUUUGUUAUCAACACAUUACACUAUUGUUAUCCAUCCCAAAGAUCAAGGACCUACUUAUCUUCUUAUAGGAUCCAAACAUGAGAAGGACACGUGGCUUUAUCAUCUGACAGUUGCAGCUGGAAGUACCAGUGUAAAUGUUGGAUCUGAGUUUGAACAACUUGUUUGCAAAUUAUUAAAUACAGAAGGUGAUACCACUUCUCAGAUUUGGAGACAUCCUACCCUUUGCCACAGCAAAGAAGGAAUUGCUUCCCCUCUUACAACAUUACCAUCAGAGGCCUUGCAAACUGAAGCAAUUAAAUUAUUUAAGACCUGCCAGUUGUUUAUAAAUGCCGCAGUUGACUCUCCUGCGAUUGACUACCAUGUAUCUUUGGCCCAAAGUGCUUUGCAGAUCUGCCUCACACAUCCUGAACUUCAGAAUGAGAUCUGUUGCCAGCUUAUUAAACAGACUAGACGUCGACAUCCACAAAACCAGGCAGGACCAAUACAGGGCUUGCAGCUCUUGGCUCUCUGCGUUGGACUCUUUCUCCCCCAGCACCCAUUCCUUUGGCUUCUUAAACUUCAUUUAAAGAAGAAUGCAGAUUCCAGGACUGAAUUUGGGAAAUAUGCAAUAUAUUGUCAGCGCUGCGUAGAGCGUACCCAGAAGAAUGGAGACCGAGAAGCCAGACCUUCCAGAAUGGAAAUCCUUUCAACCCUUCUGAGGAAUCCCUACCAUCAUUCCCUGCCCUUUAGCAUUCCAGUUCAUUUCAUGAAUGGCAUAUAUCAGGUUGUUGGCUUUGAUGCCUCAACCACAGUGGAGGAAUUUCUGAACACCCUGAACCAGGAUACAGGAAUGAGGAAGCCAGCUCAGUCAGGAUUUGCACUAUUUUCUGAUGAUCCCUCUGGCAAGGAUAUAGAGCACUGUCUUCAAGGGAACAUCAAGAUCUGUGACAUUAUUUCAAAAUGGGAGCAAGCCUCCAAAGAACAACAUCCUGGGAAAUGUGAAGGCACAAGGACUGUCCGCCUUACUUAUAAAAAUAGGCUCUACUUUGCAGUUCAAGUCCACGGUGAGACAGACAGAGAGAAGCUGCUGUUAGUAUAUCAGACAAAUGAUCAAAUAGUCAAUGGACUUUUCCCUGUAAACAAAGAACUGGCAAUGGAAUUGACAGCUCUUUUAGCGCAGAUAGAUAUUGGAGAUUUUGAAAGGCCUUUCUCAACUCCAGCAGGGCAGGUCACUUCCCACUCCAAGUCCAAUCAAACAUUAAAACAAGUUUUGGAGAGAUUCUAUCCUAAGAGAUACAGGCAUGGUUGCUCAGAGGAACAAUUAAGACAGCUUUGUCAGCGAUUGUCUACAAGAUGGAUGGCUCUCAGGGGGCACAGUGCUGCAGACUGUGUGCGCAUUUAUCUCACUGUAGCCAGAAAAUGGUCCUUCUUUGGUGCUAAAUUGUUUGCAGCAAAGCCUGUAGCAGCAUCCUCACUUGAGAAGUCUUUCAUAUGGUUUGCUGUACAUGAAGAUGGCAUAAGCAUCCUAGAUUACAACUCUAUGCGAUUAACAGUUUCAUAUACAUAUAAGAGUCUGAUGACUUUUGGAGGCUAUCAAGAUGAUUUUAUGUUGGUUGUUAACAAUGCUCAGACAAAGGACAAAUCAACUGAAAAACUCCUUUUUACCAUGACAAAACCGAAGAUUCUUGAGAUCACUCUACUGAUUGCCAGCUAUAUUAACAACUUUCAUCAGCAAAAAGGAGCUGCUCAUCAUCUCUCUGCUCCAGCACUACUGACACCUCAAACUGGACAGAAACUCAAGGAAAUGGGGAGUCAGCCCAUUCUCACAAACAACAGACCAACUAAAUGUCCCACUUUGUUAUGAAAGGAUUAGGUAUCUUGUUAAUGUGUCUUAUUUAUAUGGUUUCUAUACUGAUUGAACACUUUCUGGUGUGCAAGAUAUACGGCAUAAGCAGGUCUAUAAACAAAAGAAAAGUGGAUAAGUUUACGUUCAUUUCAGUCAUAUAUAACAGGAGCCCUCCUUCAAUUAAAACCCUGGCCUAACCUGGAAUGAAGAAGAUGAGCCAGUUUUUGGAUUCUGCUUUACUGGGGGUGGCUUGUCCCUACAGCUCAGAAAUAAAUGUGUCUGUUGUUAGUGAUGGGGAAAAGUGCCUUUUUUCUCUAUAUAAACCAAUUCUAUAGGUCUUAGUCAUUUUCAAGAUGUUUUCUCAGGGACCAAACUGUCUUCAACUCUUCACCUUUAUUUCUCAAUGUUAUACAAGUUGUAUAACCAUUAUGAAAAAGAAUUUUUGUUUUAAAAGAAAGGUCAAACACAGAAAAUUUUCUAUCUCCAGGACCACCCCCCCCCCUUAUUUGCAGUACAAGCACCAUGGGACUAAAAAGAAUGAAUUAAUUUGUUUCUACAUUUGGGGGUUUUAUUAAAGACAGAAAUACUUCAUAUAACUGUCAUAUAUCUAUAGUGUAUUCUCAUGAAUACUUUUAGCCUUUGUUAUAAAGCUAUUUACUUGGCAAAACUUCAGCCUUAGCCUGGUAAAUUUCUAAAUAAUGCCUCUCUGCCUGUAGCAUUUUGGAAAAAUCAAAAUUGGGCAGGCACUGUAUUUAGUACAGUUUUAUUAAACAAGAACCCUUACCUAAUUUCUUCUUUAACACAAAAUAAUAAUAUAAUCUAGAUACGAGAAUGACUCACAGUUCAAAACGCAAGAAUAACACAGAAAGACAUUGUUGAAUUGCUGUAUGUAACUUUGGAGAUAUAA